CCUGUUUUCCGUAGAAAUGAUCUCGAAUACUCGUUUCAACAAAUUUUGAAUGGUACACCCUAUCUAUCGAGUGAGGUUAUGAGAUUUGAACAUCAUCGUUUGAGUUCAUUUGCAAAUUAUACCAGCAGUGAUAUACCAAGCGUACUGCUGAUGGCUAAGGCCGGGUGGUAUGCUACAGGAAAUGGAAUGGAAACAAAAACAUUCUGUUGUAUGAUAACUCAUACUGCUUGGAGAAAAGAAGACGAUCCAUUUCAUGUGCACAAAGAUCUUUAUUACGAAUGUGCAUUUAUUCUGGGUUCAAAUUUGGAUCAUGUAUCAAUUCAGAGAGAAAAUCCUGAUUGUCAACGACGUAAUUCCGAUACCAACAAUUCAAAUCUUUCUGAAAUUUCGACGAGGAUGCAAAACAUGGAAAUUGUUUCAUCUAAGCCAAAAGAAGAUGAACGAGUAGAGGAGGAACAUUUAGUAAAUGAAUUUAAAAUUGACAGGCCUUCAAAGUUAUCCUCGAAAUUAACUCGAAACACAUCCACAGCCUGGAGUAUUGACUGUCCUUCUCGAUCAUUAUCAGCAAACAGAGGAGUAGACAACUUUUCUCGAAACUUACCCGUUUGUGAUAUAAACCGCAAGACAGAAGAAUCUGCAUUAAAUGAAGUCAGAUCAUUUGAAAACGAUAAAAGUAAUAGAAAAAUAGAAUUUACAGAUAGCGGAGACGGUUCCAAACACGUUUUACACGAGCCGGUACUACCACCCUUAGAUUUCGCGAAACCAAAACAUAUCGAAUAUUCCACGGUGGGGAUAAGAAUGUCCUCUUUCAGUGGUUUUCCCAUUACUAGUAGAAAGACAGCAAAAGAGUUUGCAGUGGGCGGAUUCUACUACAGAGGAUUUGGUGAUAGAACCACUUGUUUUCAGUGUGGAAUUAGUUUGCAAGGAUGGAGUGUAGAUGAUGAUAUAUUUGUAGAACAUGUCCGUUACAAUCCAUUAUGUCAAUACAUGAGGCGAUUGAAGGGUGAUGAUUUCAUAAAACUAGUUAUGACAGCAACUGAAAACCCCCAGACACCACCUUCUCUUUCAAGUUUGAGGGGCGAUAAAACAUCACCUCAGAAUUCUUCUGCAAAAGAUAUAGCCAGAAAACUUAAAGAAAUGGGAUUUUCCAAAAAUGCAAUAUCUGCAGCUUUAAACAUAGUUGCAACAAAAAAUGGACGUUCUGGAUGUCGUUGUUGAAAAUACAGACAUCGAACAUAGAAAUUCAGUGAACACAUCAAUUACAUCAACAGAGCAAGAAGAAAAUGAAGAACAUUGUAAUUCACGAGAUAAUCUUUCAAAUGCUUGUUUUUCUGAAAGUACAUCGACUAGUUUUUCAAC